CUUGUGUGAGCUCUGAGAGAAGAGGAUCACGCCAUAAGAAUGGAGUUCCCAGACCACAGCCGCCAGUUACUGCAGUGUCUGAGUCAGCAGAGACACCAAGGCUUCCUCUGCGACUGCACUGUGCUGGUGGGAGAGACGCGGUUCAAAGCGCACCGAGCCGUCCUGGCCUCAUGCAGCAUGUACUUCCACCUCUUCUACCGCGACCAGCUGGACAAAAGAGACGUGGUGCAUCUGAACAGCGACAUCGUGACGCCGCCGGCGUUCGGGCUGCUGCUGGAGUUCAUGUACGAGGGAAAGCUGGAGUUCAGCGCUCUUCCGGUGGAAGACGUCCUGGCAGCCGCCAGCUACCUGCACAUGUACGACAUUGUGAAGGUGUGCAAAGGAAAGCUGAAGGAUAAGGAGCUGUGUGAGGCGGAGUGCGGCGAGAAGGCAAACGGCCACUCCGACGGGUCCCCGGAUCUUGUAGGUGUCAAUUAUGUGUCAGCCGAGGCCGAGGCCUGUGUCCGAACAGCUGGAAAAACAAAAGCUGAUGUCAGUAGUUCGGCCGUCCCCGUGUCCCAGAGGUCCCGGGCGUCGGAUGACACGGACCGCGCGCUGGAUUUGUCUUUCAAGCCUCUGUCGAGUCGAGACGCCUUCCACCCCUCCUACGUCUUGGGACAGCUGGCCCUCGACAACCAGCAGCAGGGCACCGAGCCACUUGUUAAAGACGAACAUGACUUGCUGUCAGAGCAGGAGAACGGUGAUCCGGUGAGCCCAGAGAGCCAGCGCUUUGGGAAUAUCGCCAGGAGUUCGGUGGUGACAGGGUUCGCUGCCCUCUUCCCUGAAAACAAGGCCACGGCUGCGCUGCUCCCUCCGGACGAUGACCUGAUGGAGGAGGAGAGUGGGCUGCGUGUGCGUUCGGAGCAUCAUCUCAGGGACAGCGAGGGCGAGGAUGAAGACGACCUGGCGUCCUCAGACAUCUCCACAUCUAGCGGGGUUCUCCUCGCGCCGGGUAGACAGCAGGUCUGCGUGUGUCCGCUCUGCAGCAAGGUCUUCCCGAGCGCACAUGUGCUCCAGCUCCACCUCAGCUCACACUUCAAGGAGAAAGACGGCAUUCGCUCGAAGCUCUCGCCUGACGGCUCCGUCCCGACCUGCUCGCAGUGCGGCAAGACCUUCUCCUGCAUGUACACGCUCAAGCGGCACGAGCGCACGCACUCCGGCGAGAAGCCGUACACCUGCGGACAGUGCGGGAAGAGCUUCCAGUACUCACACAAUCUGAGCCGGCACGCCGUGGUGCACACACGAGAGAAACCACACGCGUGUAAGUGGUGCGAGCGGCGCUUCACACAGUCCGGCGAUCUGUACCGACACAUACGCAAGUUCCACUGCGGCCUCGUCAAGACACUCGCUAUAGGAUGAAGGCAGGGCAAACGCGGUGCAAUCACGGCCUUUUGUAUAAAAACAACAGCAGUUUUUAUGAAGAAUAAUAAUAAUAAUAAUAUCCAGUAUUUUGCAGGUGGCAGAAAAUUGGUUCAUUAAUGACUGUAAAACACUAUUGUGUCUCCAGCAAUCAACAGUUUGAUGCACUUGGGUUUUUGACAUCAUAUAUAUAUGACCCUGGAGCACAAAAGCAGUCUU